UUGAUUUUGAAAAAAAAAAAAAAAAAGAAAAAAAAAAAGGAAAAGAAGAAGAGAAAGAAAACACUAGAGCCCGAUCUCGAGCCGUCGACUGUCACCCUGCGCGAUCCCUCGUUCGCUCAGUUUUUCUGCCGUCGCGAGUCCAUUUCAACCCACCUGUUUACCAAGCUCCUCCAUGGCAAGCUCUUAUAGAGGAAAAUCUAGAAGGGACAAGCCUAGACCACGCUUAACUGAACAGAAGAAGCAGGAGAUUAAGGAAGCUUUUGAGUUAUUUGACACUGAUGGCUCAGGUACCAUUGAUGCCAAAGAGCUAAAUGUUGCCAUGAGGGCUCUUGGUUUUGAGAUGACAGAAGAGCAAAUAAAUCAAAUGAUUGCAGAUGUUGACAAGGAUGGAAGUGGUGCAAUUGAUUUCGAGGAAUUUGUUCACAUGAUGACGGCCAAAAUUGGAGAAAGAGACACUAAGGAGGAACUCAUGAAGGCAUUUCAGAUCAUCGACCAAGAUAACAAUGGGAAAAUAUCUCCUGCGGACAUUAAGCGCAUUGCAAAGGAUCUGGGUGAGAACUUCACUGACGAAGAGAUACAUGAGAUGGUCGAGGAAGCUGACCGAGACCGCGAUGGAGAGGUUAAUGUUGAGGAGUUUAUCAGGAUGAUGCGGAGAACAGCCUAUGGGUAUUAGAACUCUAGUAUUCAAUCUCUUCCUGGUGUUGGAAGCCUGAUGAAUUGCAGAAUCUGUUUUCUGCUUUGUUUGUAGUAUAUAGUUGUUAUAUAAGCAGGAGGGGAGAUUAAAGAAUUUAUGGUUUAAAUACAUUAUGUUUUGGCCUGGAUUUGAAUAUAUAUCAUGUAUCUUAUUUUGACAGAUGUGAAGUUGAUUAAGCUGUUUAUUUCA